UGAUCUCCAGUUUAUUUCAGCGGAGGACAUGCGUUAUGGGCAACGCUUUGUUGAGCAGGAUCCACGGCUAGAAUAAAACACCUCUAAGAACUGAGCGCGGAAUUGAGAAAGGACGAUUACAGUGGAUUUAAUGACAGUCCAUCAAAGCAUCACAUUCUGAUCAGACAUGGAUGGAUACCUGCCGCCUCAGUUUCACGUUUUGUCAGACCAUAAGAAGUUUUGUCAAGACAAUUCCCUGACGAUGGACCAAGGCGCGCCAUACAGCAUAAACAUGAAUGUUUUUUUACCUGACGUCACCUACCUACGGACCGGCAUGUGUAGACCCGUUCGGUCCGCAGCGACACAGAUAAAGACGGAACCGCUGCAUACGUCUUUCAACUACUCCAGUUGCCACGGCUCCGUUGCGCCUGCCAUGACGCACACAGAGUACAUGAACCUCUACAGCCCAGCUGCGGAAACGGGUAACAAUGUUUACGUCAAGCACGAGACCCCAUCCCUCGAAUUCCCAGAAGUCCCUCUGUUUCAGCUGUUGAAUUCGGAGCUUGAGCCCAACGUGCCUGGAGGCCACUCUUGCACAGAUUCCCACAAUGCCGCAUGCUCUCCGAUGUCAACGUACAAUGGCAUUAACCCACCGCCCAGUCAUGUUGCAGAAAGAUCUCUUUGUAACAUGGGCAGCAGUGGAUAUUCUCUACCUGCCCAGUUUGGUCAGCAUCCUCAGAAGAGGGCGGCCUAUCUACCACCAUCCCCUCCCAACUCAGAACCGGGCAGCCCAGACAGGAGGAAAGAACUGGUACAGAACUUAUCGCCACCUCCGUCAUACGCUGCCAGCAUUGCAUCUAAAAUGUCGUGUCUUACUCCCGGACCAGCACUUUCUGUCCAAACACAAGCAGUACCUGCCCAAUACAACCGCAGGAACAAUCCCGAUCUAGACAAAAGGAGGAUACAUCACUGCGAUGUACCAGGAUGUAAGAAGGUAUACACCAAGUCAUCACAUUUGAAGGCCCAUUUACGUACUCAUACAGGCGAAAAGCCAUACAAGUGCUCAUGGGAGGGUUGCGACUGGCGCUUCGCCCGCUCUGACGAGCUAACGCGCCACUUCAGGAAGCACACGGGGGCCAAACCUUUCCAGUGCGCCGUAUGUAGCCGUUGCUUCUCCCGAUCGGACCACCUGGCCCUCCACAUGAAAAGGCACCAGAACUAGAGCUGCCCGCUCUCGUUGUUCUGACGGCGCCGCGGGAGGGCUAUCAGGACCUCUGCUGAUGAUACUAAUUAGGAUUUGGGUGUGUUGGUUAAUCUUGGGUUUUGGCAGUUCGUCAGGUACAACAGGACCAAACCCUGCCGUCGGUACGGCUCCUGUGGUCACAAAACCAGCUAAUUGAUGAGAACUUGGCUCAUUUGCCAGUUGGGACAUUCUUUUGACAUGUUUUUUUGUUUCUUCGUUUGUCUGCAUACUUUGAGGUCAUUAUUUAUGACAUAACUACUUUUAAUGUGCCUUUUUUACCUUAUAGAAUUGAGGUGCCAC